UCCAUGGCUCAGCUUUAACAGAAUGGUGGCCUGGAUUGAGGCACUACACACAGGGUAGAGCAAUUGGCAGGAACUCUAAGAGAAACCUUCUAUUUCUAGCUAGGGAACAAGAAAAAUGACCUCCUUUUUCUGUUACACCUGCCUUGAGACCACUUCUGAUUGUAAAAUCUCAUUGUUAUGGUGGCACAGACACAAACUAGAGGGCAAAAAUGUUCUUUCUGGCCAAGGGAAUUUGGAAAGAACCCCUAGGAAGCUGGAAUAUAAUUUCAUAACCCUAGAAGCAACAGAGCCCUAAUUGUGUGUCUGAACCCUAAAAGGUGCCGCUUUAUCCAAGAUACUCAUGCUUAGAACAGACCCAGAGAAAUAUAGUUAACACUUAGUGAACUGAACUACAGUAUAAACCAUGCCUCAAAUCCUAGAUGCAUCUCUGAGUGAUGUAUGCAGAGAAUGAACCCGAACAUUAUAAAGGCUUUGAGAUCUGAGCUUACAUUGAACCACUAUCCACAAAAGGCAAGGCAAAAUUUAUGGUCUAAACUUAAUUUAAAAAACAAGAUUUUCUAGGUGUUAAUAGAACUACACUCUCAUACUCUUAUACAGAAUGUCUAGGAUAUAACCUGUAAUUCCUUGACAUACAAAGAAAUAGGAAAAUCUGACUAUUUUUAAAGGGAAAAGGCAAUAGACAGAUACCCAAAUGUGGACCCAAAUGUGGAAUUAGCAGAAAAAAAAUCUUCCAGUAGCUCAUCUUUCUGAGAUGAUAUUAAACUUUAAAGGACAGACCUUGAGUUCAUGAGAUUUGUUCCUAAUACUCCAAAAUUUUUCUAAAAUAGAAAUUAGAAAUAAAAAGGAAUCAAAUAGAAAUUUAGAACUGAAAAAUAUAAUAUAUGAGUAUAAAUUUAUUGCAUGGACUCAGUAGCAAAAUGGAGAUGGUAGAGGAAAGGGUCAGUGAACUUAAACAUAAAUCAGAAGUCUCAUCAAAUCUUGGUCAUCCAUAUCAAGAAAGAAUGUGUAUCUGUUCUAUAACUCUUGCUAAGUCCACUGUGCACUGUAUGAAACGUGGUCACAGGGCUUCUGACUGGCAAAUUAAUAUGGUAUCAACAUAACAUCAGGGUCUUUACAAUUAAUUCUACUCACAUGCUACAAAGAUCUCUGUUCAGUUUGAGCAGCUGCCUUCCCACUUCAUGGAUUAAGGGUCGCGGUUUGUCAUUAUCCCAACCUUGUCAUUGCAUGGUAAUGAAUUAGGAAUCAGUCAGUGAAGUACAGUAAUAAUUACUAUCUUAUGGACUACAUAUACUCAAAUUUUUUUUUACCUGAAAGUUUCUAAAGUAGGGACAACAGGGUGAAUGCAAAUGGACAACAUGUAUAAGUUAGAUUGCAAAAACUUACAGUUUAAAAGAAAUGAAUUUUGUUUUACAAACUAAUGUAAUGAUUAUUUUGGUGAAGAAGUGCUUGAUGGUGAUUGUUUUCUAAUUUGUGGUUUAGGGUGGUUACUUGACUAAUUUUCAGAUGGUUGUGAAUUACUUGGCUUACUUGGCUUCGCAGAAGCAACUUGGCAGUUUACCCAAGUUUUAAUAAACCAAACAAAGUGUCUGUUUAAUGAAAAUCGUUACAUUGUGAAUACUCACAGUCUUGAAAGCAAAUAUAAUUUUGAUGGUAUUUUCAGUGACUAAUUGGAUUCACUGAUAAGAAUAUAUGUGUAAAAAUAUUGUUAUUAUAUUUGUGCAUAUUAUUUGCUUGCUGUUGAAUGUUUCAUAAGGAAGCUGCUUGCCUAGUAUUUUUGUAAUUCUACUUAAUCAAAUUCCUAACGGGUUCAUGAGUAUUUAUGACACUAACAAAAUUCUAUAAUUCUUUUUUAGAUUGAUAAAUUUUUUCUCUUACCCUGGAAAGCCAUCUCAGAACUUGACACACAUUUGGCUUUUUAAAAUAAUAAGCAAUUCUGCAAAAUGUAUGGUUUAAUUAAUUUAUGUUGAGGUUGAUCAACACAAUUUAGUCACUUUUGUACCUGGCAUAACAAAUUUUAAAAAAAAGGAAAAUACAUUCUUGUACUCUCUUGGACAUUAACCAGUUUGUCAUUCAGAAGAAUACAUGAAAUAGUGAUAAAGUUAAACUUCAGUUGUGGUUGAAGUACAGCCUGAAUUAUCCACAUUAUGUUUUCAGUUUCCUUGAAGAAAUGUGAUACAGAUAGUUCACGAGUUAGGGGCUUACUUACAUGAAGUUUAGUCUUUUAACUAUUAGUAAAUCAAAUUGUUCUUGGAUGUGUCAUCUUUCCUCAAAAUAUUAUUGCUUUCACCAAAAACAGAUGUUUUGAUUUGUGGUUUGUGGUAGCCAGAAUAAGGACCCUCUAUAAAGAUAUUUCCGAUGCAAUUCUCAGAACUGUGACUGUGAGAUUACAGAGGAGGAAGAAUUGAAGUUGCUAAGUAGCCUUAAAAUGAGAGAAGAUUAUCCUGAGUUAUCUUGUGUUUAUAAUCACAAAGGUCUUUAUUAGAGAAGAAAGGAACAGAAAAGACAGCAGCUUGAGAAGGACUGACUUGAAGAUGAAGGAGGGACCCAUAAGCUGGGAGGAAUUUGCGUAGCCUCUAGAAGCUUGAAAAGACAGAAAAUAUUCUCUACUAGGCCUUUCAGAAAAGAAUGCAGCCCUGCCAGUGCCUUGACUUUAGCUCAGUGACUUUGGCCCAUAGAACUGUGUUACAGUAAAUUUGUAGUUUUAAUCCAGUAAGUUUGUGAUAACUUAUUAUAGUAGCCAAUGGAAGGUACUAGAUAGCAUCUCUGCUUAACCUUUCUCUAAUAAUAUGAAAUUUAUAGUAUUUGAAUUCUGAUUUGAAUAACAAUUUUUCUGUGAUCAAUUUUACUUUAUUAAGAAUGCUUUUAUGAUUAUAAUAUUUUGGGCACUGAUGAACAAAGCCUUUGUCUAUGCAGGGAUCUUUGUUUUGUACUUCAUAGGAGUGGUAAGUAGUUCAGUGUAGCUAGAAAAUAGGGGUGUGUCUACAGUGAGUAGAAUGGGAAAGGAGGCUAGAAGAUAGAUUGAAGUUAGAGAAGAAAACAAAACAAAUGUCAGACACUCUGGUUUCCCUUCAGCAAAUUCAUUUUGUGUCAUAUGUGCCCGUGUUGUAAAUACUGUGAAUUGGAAUUACUAGUUUUUAUUCCCUGCACUAUUUGAGCUAUAUUAUAGUCAUAAACUUGUAAACAAUCAUUGCAUUUUGCCAUUGAAUGACUCCUGAAAUGGCUUUUCUAACUGAUAAAUGUGCAAAGGACUCAAUGGCAAAAAACAAAAAAGGAGUUUAGACAAACAUGGAGAAACAAUGAAGCUUUUCUGAUAGAAAAUGUUGGGCAGUUUGACUGGUCAUAAACUGUCACUGUAUUUGAUUUUCCUGACAUCUCAAACUCAUCUUGCUCCUUUCUGCCUGUACUAGGAUGAGAAACCCAAGGGCCCAACAAGGAUGAAGCGCCUAGGAGAGGUGUUUUUAGUGUUUUUUUGUCUUCCCUUAAAGAACAAAGAAAGAUGACAAAAAUACUGUGUUUUUGUCUUUUUACUCUAAUAAAUCACAUACAGUCCCAGUUUAUGGGGUUGGGGCAGAGGGCAUAAAUGCUUGAAAAUGAGACUGUGAUGGGUGUGUGGUUAUUGGUAAUGGUGAGUUCUAGGGUAGCAGAAGGAGAGUGGGAAUAUCAGCAGAAUUGGAUGGAUGAUGGGAAGAACACAGAAUUGUUGUAAAAGACUUGGGGGAACUAAAUGACCAAGGUAUUGGGGGAAUCAUUUUCUAUAUUGAAAUGCUGUACUAACAGAGAACAGGUUUUGAAGAGGGAGUGAGAGGGCUUGUUUUGGGUAUUAUGUGAAUGGCCAAGAUGAGGAGAUAAUUGCUCAUACAUUCUGGUGGCCUGAAAUUCAAAACUGGGAUUUCAGGGAGGGGAGAAAGGAAAAUAAUUGAGAAAUGAGAAUGACAAAGUCCACCCCUUUCAGGGCCUGUUUAUCUGAGCCAUGUAAGAGAAAACAACCAUUAAGUGAGAGCCAAAGUGUUAAAAGUGAGAUUUCAAGUGGUAAAAACAAAACAGAGGAAAUAGAUGUUACAGAGGACACAGUGAAAGUAUUUUGGAAAUUAGGCAAAAAAAUUGUGGCAGGAGUGAGUGUUGGGAUAUAUAGUGAGUAUAUGGGAUGAGAGUCCAGAUGACUUUUGGGGUUCUGACGACUGAUAUAAAAGGGAUGUAGGGCAUAAUAGAAUUUUUUUUAGUGAACUCCUAGGCAGAUUUUUGUAAAUAUCGUGAGAGGUUUGUGAGAAACAGACUUAUCAAGAACAGCCAAAGAUUUAGGUCUAUACUACUGUUUCUGCCAUGUAAAUCACCACAAACUUAGUGGUUUAAAACAAUACAGAUUAUUGUUUACAGUUUUAAGGCUCAGAAAUCCAACAGAUGUCUUGCGAUGCUAAAAUGAAGGUGUUACAGGGCUGCACUCCUUAAGGACUCGUGCAUUACAUGGGACCCACCUGGUAAUCCAGGACAGUCUCACUCUCAGGAUCUAUGACCUUAAUUGCACCUGCAAAGUUCCUUCUUGCUACACAGACUAGUGUAGACACAGGUUCCUUGGAUUUAGGGCAUGAACCUAUUUUAAAGGUCAUUCAUUUGCAUACCACACCGUCCCUCUUUCUUUUUAGUGGUAUGUCAGCCCUCUUGGAAGGCCCAAGAGAGAUUUUUGUGAUGAUGUCCCCAGGUUAAAGAAUGCACAUGUGCAAGAUAACAGCAACAACAGAAAUAGCAUGGAGUAGAGCAGAGCACUAAAGCAGCUAGAGUCUUAUUGUAUAAUUCUUACACAGGUUGUUAUCAUGUAUUUACAUUCUUGUAUAGUGCUAUGACCAGCUCAUGCAUGUUUUUCCACUGUUGAGUCAUGGUUACAUAACUGUAUCCCACUGUGUGCCUCCACUAGACAGCAAGGUCACAUCCUCAGAUGUUCUUAGGUGCUCCUGAGCUUUGAAGCAGUUUGAGUGGUUUCUCACCUGAUGUUAAUAUGUAGAGACCAGGAUGGUAUAGGUCCAGGGUCAUACUACGUAGCUCUGAGGGUUGAGUUCUUUCUGAACCUUCAGGGUUUAUGUGCAGUGAAUCAGAGGCUGAGGACUGAUGCAUGUCUCAGUGUCAUUUCUGAAAAGCAGAUAAAGGUACAUGUAUUCAGAGCCAGAACAGUUUACAUGAAUAGGGAACUCAAAUAUUAUUUGCAGAAAUGUACAUAGCUGAAAUAGGUUUAUGGUGCACUAAGAAAACUUUUAGUUUUGGUUUGUUAAAUGAGUGUUUUGAAAUAGCUAAUGUCUUGAUACUGAACUAGUUUUAGUGUUACAUGGUAUUUGUCUUGGCCAGAAUCUUCUCUGGUUCUAAGAAGUCUAGUUCUUAAAACUGGUUUGGGAAGUGACUCUGGUUUUUAUAAGUCAAUUUGUAAUUGAAGUUUGUUGUAGAAACUACUAUUGAAUCAAGAAUGUUUUUAAUCUUGCCAGUAUUUUACAUCACAUAUGCAAGUAUGGCUUCAUUUAGUGUCAAAUAAAGUGAAAACUAUUACCUAAUUUCAUUUUUUCUCAUACAUUAGACAAGUAAUUUAGAAACAUUUGGACUUUUCUUUGCAAGUUAAAAUUGUCCUCUUACAAAUAAUGAUCUUCUCUGUUACAAAACAAAGUAAUCUGCAGAAGAAAGAAUUUUUCAGAAACGGUGGUAAAUGUAGUUAAUGUAGUAAUGUUGUAUUUUGUAUACCAGUCAGUUAAAUUUCAGCACUACUUUUAAUUAAUGUUGACAGAUCCAUCAGUCCUCAAAAUAUCUGAUAUCAAAUUUAAUAAACCUAACCUUGAAAGUAGGUUAAUGGGUCAAUAGGUUUUUAGGUUAAAAUAAAUUGUAGUUUCAGUCUUUUUAACAUAAAGGUCUUGGGUUAACCAUUUUAAUUAGUGUAAAGAAUUAAAAGAAAUUAAAAGGGAUUUUCCUUUUAAAUUAUGUGAGCAGUGCACAGGAAAAUGAUCUCUGUUACAUUGUUUUUGUUUUCUAGGAUAAACAUGUAUUUUAUCUUUUUAGCUUUCUUACAUAGGGUCAGAGCUUUCAGCACUGGACAAUUGAACGCAAAAAUCAGUAUUUAAAUUUCUGAUUAUAAAAGUAAUGCAUGUUAAUUGGAGAAAUUUUAGAAACUAUUGAAGAAAAAGUAAAAACAUACACAAAAUAACUCAAGAACAACUACUCGAUACUGUGAGCAUUUUUAGGUUUUUUUUUUUGUAUUUGAUACUGUGUAUUGAACUCAUGGCCUUUGAAUUAAGCUACAUCCCUAGUCAUACACACCUUUUUUUUCUUUUAAUUUUGAGACAAGAUCUCACUGUGUUGCCCAUGCUGGGCUUGCCAUCCUCCUGCCUCAGCCUCGCAGAGUGUUGAGUUUACAAGUAUGCAUCACCAUGCCCAGCUAGAGAGCAAUUCCUUCUGUUCCUGGUUUAGACAAUGUUUUCCAGUCAUGAAAUGGUGUUGAAUUUUGUGAAACGUUUUUUCUGUCUCAGACUUCUGUUCUGAGAUUGAUGGUUGGUCAUAUAGAAGAAGCUCUUGAACUUACAUUAUUCUGAAAAAUCAGUUCAGAAGACCUGAAAGAACAAAAGGAGAAAUACAAAUGUCUACCACAAGACGAAAACGUAAUAUGUUAUGCUGUUUACCAUAAGCUGUAGUAAAAUGAGCUCGAUUGUUGACAGAGAUGACAAUAGUAUUUUUGAUGGGUUGGUGGAAGAAGAUGACAAGGACAAAGCAAAAAGGGUAUCUAGAAACAAAUCUGAAAAGAAACGUAGAGAUCAAUUUAAUGUUCUUAUUAAAGAACUGGGAUCUAUGCUUCCUGGAAAUGCUAGAAAGAUGGACAAAUCUACUGUUCUGCAGAAGAGCAUUGACUUUUUACGAAAACAUAAAGAAAUCACUGCACAGUCAGAUGCUAGUGAAAUUCGACAGGACUGGAAACCUACAUUCCUCAGUAAUGAAGAGUUUACACAAUUAAUGUUAGAGGCUCUUGAUGGUUUUUUUUUAGCAAUCAUGACAGAUGGAAGUAUAAUAUAUGUAUCUGAGAGUGUAACUUCAUUACUUGAACAUUUACCAUCUGAUCUUGUGGAUCAAAGUAUAUUUAAUUUUAUCCCAGAAGGGGAACAUUCAGAGUUUUAUAAAAUACUCUCUACCCAUCUGCUGGAAAGUGAUUCAUUAACUCCUGAAUAUUUAAAAUCAAAAAAUCAAUUGGAGUUCUCUUGCCAUAUGCUUCGAGGAACAAUAGACCCAAAGGAGCCAUCCACCUAUGAAUAUGUGAGAUUUAUAGGAAAUUUCAAAUCUUUAAAUAGCGUUUCCACUUCAGCACAUAAUGGUUUUGAAGGAACCAUACAGCGUACACACAGGCCUUCUUAUGAAGACAGAGUUUGCUUUGUAGCUACUGUUAGAUUAGCUACACCUCAGUUUAUCAAGGAAAUGUGUACUGUUGAAGAACCCAAUGAAGAAUUUACAUCUAGACAUAGUUUAGAAUGGAAGUUUCUGUUUCUAGAUCACAGGGCACCACCAAUAAUAGGAUAUUUGCCAUUUGAAGUUCUUGGAACAUCAGGCUAUGAUUACUAUCAUGUGGAUGACCUAGAAAAUCUGGCAAAAUGCCAUGAACACUUAAUGCAAUAUGGGAAAGGUAAAUCAUGUUAUUAUAGGUUCUUGACCAAAGGACAACAGUGGAUUUGGCUUCAAACUCAUUAUUAUAUCACUUAUCACCAGUGGAAUUCAAGGCCAGAGUUUAUCGUUUGCACACACACUGUAGUAAGUUAUGCAGAAGUAAGGGCUGAAAGGCGACGAGAACUUGGCAUUGAAGAGUCUCUUCCUGAGACAGCUGCUGACAAAAGCCAAGAUUCUGGAUCUGAUAAUCGAAUAAAUACAGUCAGUCUCAAGGAAGCAUUAGAAAGGUUUGAUCGUAGCCCAACCCCUUCUGCCUCCUCUCGGAGUUCAAGAAAAUCAUCUCACACAGCAGUCUCAGACCCUUCCUCAACACCAACAAAGAUCCCAACAGAUACUAGCACUCCUCCCAGACAGCAUUUACCAACUCAUGAAAAGAUGGCACAAAGGAGAUCAUCAUUUAGUAGUCAGUCCGUAAAUUCCCAGUCUGUUGGUCCAUCAUUAACACAGCCAUUGAUGUCUCAAGCUGCAAAUUUACCAAUUCCACAAGGCAUGUCUCAGUUUCAGUUUUCAGCUCAGUUGGGAGCCAUGCAGCAUCUGAAAGACCAGUUGGAGCAACGGACACGCAUGAUAGAGGCCAAUAUUCAUCGGCAACAGGAAGAACUAAGGAAGAUUCAAGAACAGCUUCAAAUGGUCCAUGGUCAAGGGCUCCAGAUGUUUUUGCAACAGUCAAAUCCUGGACUGAAUUUUGGUUCUGUUCAACUUUCUUCUGGAAACUCGUCUAGUAUCCAGCAAGGCCAGGUUGUAAAUAUGCAAGGCCAGCUUGUUCCUGCUAACCAGCUUCAAAGUGGAAUGAGUGCUGGACAUAUUGGUACAAGUCAGCACCUGAUGCAACAACAGACUUUACAAAAUACAUCAACUCAGCAGAGUCAACUGAGUGGGCACAGUCAGCAAACAUCUCUUCCCAGUCAGACCCAGAGCACUCUUACAGGCCCACUGUAUAACACUAUGGUGAUUUCUCAGCCUGCAACCGGGAGCAUGGUCCAGAUUCCAUCCAGUAUGUCCCAGAACAGCACCCAGGGUGCUGCAGUAACUACAUUCACUCAGGAAAGACAGAUAAGAUUUUCUCAAGGUCAGCAACUUGUGACCAAAUUAGUGACUGCUCCGGUGGCUUGUGGGGCAGUCAUGGUACCUAGUACUAUGCUCAUGGGUCAGGUCGUGACUGCCUAUCCGACUUUCGCUACACAACAGCAGCAGGCGCAGACAUUGUCGGUAACGCAGCAGCAGCAGCAGCAGCAGCAGCAGCAGCAGCAGCAGCAGCAGCAGAGUUCCCAGGAGCAGCAGCUUCCUUCAGUUCAGCAACCAUCUCAGGCUCAGCUGACCCAACAACCACAGCAGUUUUUACAGGCUUCUCGGCUGCUCCAUGGGAACCCUUCCACUCAGCUCAUCCUCUCUGCUGCAUUUCCACUACAACAGAGCGCCUUCCCUCAGUCACAUCACCAGCAACACCAGUCCCAGCAACCGCAGCAACUUGGUCGUCAUAGGACUGACAGUCUACCUGAUCCUUCUAAGGUUCAGCCGCAGUAGCACACGUGCUUCCUCUCUGACACCCAGGGAGGAAGGGAAUGGCCUAGAAAGAUUUGCUCAGAUGACCUGAGGACAGGAAGAAAAGUUCCAGCAGAUUCAUGCACUGCAGUUUUGAAUGUUCUAGUUCUUGGAUUAGUCGACAGGGGAAAUGCUGCCUAGCGAUACAGAUGUACAUUAAAUACCAGCCAGCAGGGAAGAUGAUCAGAGAGAUGUAGCCAAUUCUGACAGUGUUUCAGUUGCCCACAUGUUUUUGAUGGAAAAGGAGUAUAUUGCCAAACAUUAAGAAGCUCAGCUAUGGAAUGAUCUUUAGCAAAUGAAAAGGCACUAACAAUGUUAGUAACUUCAAGUGGUUCUGUGCCUGUUACAUAGUGUUACUGAGAACACAUCACUGCCAUGUUGGGUUUGCUUACAAUGAUGCCAUGAAGAUAGUCCCCGAGUCAAGUGUCCCCCUCCCUAACCCACUCCCUCUUCAUGUAAUGAUGGGACUGUAAUUAUGUUCAGAAUGUUGUGUGGGUUCAAAUGUAUGUACAGAUACUGUAAAACUAUGUAUAUGCCUGGAUGAAGGAGAGAAAGCAAACCAUUAUGUGUGCUGCAUGAAAGCAUUAACUCUUAUGAGUACAUUUCACAUUUCAUUAGACUACCGCACCAUGUACAAACUGAUACAUCAGCCUCUGUUUUUCUUUUUGUUUACAACAUAGUAAUAUUCUACUCACUUUUCCGGGGCACAAGUCUUUUUGUUCAUACUUUGGCUGUGAUGUCACAGUUUGUUCAGUGAGGUAUGAUGUGCUGCUGGGAAUGGAUCUCUUCUUUUUUCAGGUUAAAUUAUUGAUACAACAGGAUUUUCAAGUUAUUCAUAAAUAUCCCUCAUUUCAUUAUUUUUCAGUUACAUUUGAAAAUAGGAUUUGCACUGCUUUUCUUUAGAUGGUUAGAAGUUUGAUUACAUAUUUUGAUGAACUUCAUAGUUGGAAAUAUUUAUGUAAGUGGUUUUCAACAAGCCUGAAAGUAAUUUCAAGAAUGUUUCAGUUAUAAGGAUAAAGUUUGCACACAAAAGAUUUAGGCACUUUUUAACAUUCUCAAUUGUGAGAAUUUUAACUUUUAAGAUUUGUUGGAAUCUUUUUAUUAUCCUUCACAAUUUCAAUGCUUCUUUUAAGUCAGAAAUGAUUCAGGGUUAUUUGAGGGGGGAAAAACCCAUAGUGCCUUGAUUUUAAUUCAGGUGAUAACUCACCAUCUUGAACUUACUGUCUGGUUUCAGUCUCAGUUUUGAAACCUUAGUACAUUUUUAACAGCAUGUGGGUGUUCGUGUCAUUAUUCUCCUAAGUUCCUAUGAAGACUGCUGUCUGUCUCUUAAACUGGAGGACAAUAAAUAAAAUAUGACAGCCUAAUGCUAUUAGUGAUUAAUGUAAUCCCAGAUAGUUUCCUAAAUUAGUAUCUUCCUUUAAAGCUAAAUAAUCACAUGAGUAAAAUUUGCUCAGUGUAAACUUGAUAUUCUUACAAAAAAGGCGUAAGAGCUGGGUAUUUAGCUCAGUGGCAUAAGCGCCUGCCUGGCAAGCGCACAAUCAUGAGUUUGAUCCCUGGUACCAAAAAAAAAAAAAGGCAUAAGAAUUGGCUUUGCCUUCACUUCUACACCAGAAUAAUAACUCACAUGCUUUCUAAACAUGCACUAAGAUUUCACCUGGCAGUAUUACACUCUAAAGGUAAUAAAUUCCAACACAAGUUAUAUAUAUUGAAAAAGCAUUUUUUAGAUUUUAUGGUACUAAUAAUGAAAUUCACAACUAGAGAAGAAAAGAUUAGGAAAAUUCUUUAUUCAAAUAUAGAAAACUAUUACUGAGAAAAGGGAGAAUAAGCAUAAGAAAUCAAAAUUUACUUUAAAAUGUAUAGCAGAGUUGAGAUUGUUAAGCAGAAAAUGUUUUGAGCGAUGCAAGGUAAUGCAGACGCUAAGUCAACUCUUUUGUCUUCAAAGAGCUUUGCUAUCAUCCUUAAGGAAUACACUUUGCUUUUCUAUUAAAAAACAAAAAACAAGACUAUUUCUGGUCAGAAUUAAAUUAGAAAAUGGCCAAAGAAUAUUGGUACCUACUCUUCUAUAAAAGGAGUGUGACUAGAUCCCAGGCAGUAAUUAACAUAUCAUGAGAGUGUUUUCCUAGCGAGUGAUUGCCCAGGAGAUUCCCAGCAGUCCUGUGAGCACCAAGGAGAGCUGUCAGAACACGCGUACCGAGCACACAGAGAUGCGCAAACUGACGGGAAAUUCUGCAGCAGCAUCUUUUCUUCCCUUCCAAACUGCCUUUCUCAACCUUUUGCCAUUCCUUAUACUGUGUAUCUAUCUGAGUUGUGCCUCAUUUAUUUAUUGGCAUUAUCUAGUGAGAAGGAUUUAGCAAACAAAAAGAUAUGGAGAAGCGUUGUAUUAAGGCUUAUCUUCUAAGUGUCAUAUCUACAAGAAAGAUUGUGAACUGUGAACACUGUGUUUAACAAAAGCAAAGCUUAAGCCAAACCACAAAGUAAAUAACUAAAAACCUACCCCUUCAAAUAAUUUUCAGCUUCACAGGUAUCUGAGAAAUUUAAACAGAUUUUUUCUUUAUAAUCGUUGUUGUAGUUCACAGUUCAUCUUUUGCCUGUGUGAAAUUAAUGUAGCUAGACUUAAAAAAGCAAUUAGCUGCUUUUCCUUUGCUGUCUGUGGAGUACGUUGAGUCUGUGGAGAAGCUAGUCAGCCUCCUGUAGCUUUGCUUUCCUCUUGCUUCCAGUAAAUUUGGGUUACAAAAUUGUCCCUGUCCGUAUUCAGAUGGAGAGUCAGCAGUUGCUUGCUCUUCAUUUCUACAGCCAAAGUUGAUUGAAAUCCCAAAUCUAAACCAUAAGAAGAUACUAAAUAGGAGUACCUUUCUGCUUCUUGAAAGUUUUCUCCCUUCUUCUUAGCAACACUUUAUUCUCGGUGGCACUUUUUUUAAAGGAAAAAUGCUAGCUGCUGUACAGUAAGUUUCCUUGCUUUGGACUGCUAGGGCCUGAGAUGACUCAGCAUUACUUGACAAAUAUGAGACCAGCAAGGAUUAACACAGUUGCUGCUGAGAACGGUGUCAAACCAGAAUGUAGACACUUAGAAAGUACUCUUUCGUACUUUUUUUCUUUCUUUCCCUGAGUGGAAAACAUGGGAGGAAAAGCAGAUGUGGAUGGGGCUAGCAUGUAAGUAAAUACUAGUUUGCAAACUCCAUCCUAAAUUCAGGGGGUAAUUUUAGUGCUGUGCUCUGUUUUGUCAUUUAGAUGUGAUUUAGAAUUGUACUAGUAAAUGAAAGGAUGCCAGUAAUUUGGAUUGCUUGUUAUAGUGCAAGUUUGGUAGGAUUCUUAGAUGUGCAAUACAGUGUUUGGUCAUUGCCUUAAAGCAGUCUCUUGACGUCAGGAGCACUGAAGCAGGCCAGCUCUAUAAAGGGCAUUGUACUGAAGGGAAAUGAACCCUUGUUCAAGAAGCCUUAGAAAGGGACCCUUAAAAUAGUAGUCUACACAGGUGGAAAUUCUUUUCAACUGGAUAUUACUCCUUGUGUUGGAAAAUGUUUUCACUAUGUUGAGGCAAACUUUUAAGUGAAAUGCAGAUGGCAUUUUACUUUUGUAUUUCUUUUUUCUAUUUCUUUGGUGAUUGAAGGUUCAUGAACAUGUGUAAAACUCAAUUCAAAUCUAUAACCUUUCCAACAUCUGUGGCCCUGUUUUUAGUGCCACAGGCAUCCACAGAAGGUAUAAACACUGGAUAUUAAUAUUGCUGAGAGCAUCUAGCCAGGAGUAAGCUGAUUGAAACAUUUCAGUGGUGAAGAAACAGCACAAAGGCACUUGCCAUUUUAAUAGUAUAGUGAUUGGAGGAGACCUUUUAAGUUUGUCUAGAUUGGGUGAGCAUUCUUCUAAAAGGAGCCUCUGAAGUAACUGCAAAGGAAAAGAGUUGACUAUUUUUAUAGCAUAUUUAAUAUAUUUGUAUGAGUACGUACACCCCUCCACACACCCCUUUUCUCAUUUCCCGCCCCUUUGCCGUAGUCCUAGCAUACCCUCAUCCGCAUGGGUAAUGUGCCUAUUGCCAGCCUACCAAAAGAUAGUGCUGCUGCUUUUUGAGACAGGUGAGAAGAACAGAAUCUCAUGCCUGGGGAUCCUUUAUGGGAGAUAUAGCACACACUUAAAACAACAUACCACAGUCUAAAAGCAUCAUUUUCAAAUGUAUCAUGCACUUUAUUGCAAUUAUUCAUUUUGAUACAGUUCAUUAUCUUAGGCAUUAACUGUUUCUAAAGGAUCCCCAAAUCAUCACUUAGGUGAAAUUACAAAAUGACAUUUCUGAGAAAUGUUUAGAUCCAGUGAACCGUAGUAGGUUUAUGGGAGUGAUUUCAAGAUAGCCAAAUGAACUCUUUCGUUUUGAAUGUGGUGGAGUCCAGAGAUUGUAGAUACCUAGCUCCAUUUAAACACUAUUGUAAACCUAUCUUGCCUAUUGUGUGGACACCAAAAGAGACCAAUGAGCCUGUUUAUUUUCAGAGGUCUAGGAAAAUCGUAUCCAUGUGAGUAGAUGUACAGAAUUGAUCUAAAGUGAUUGGUAGUAAUAUUUUAGAAUAAUUUCAAGAAUUACUGAGUAUUUUAAACGUGUCCUGAAAUGUUGGCAUGUCAUUUCAGCAUUUCCAUUGACUUGCUUUUGUAAUACUUUUGCACAAAAAGGACAGAUUUCUGACUAGUUUGGUUGAAUUGGUCUUAAUUUAAUGUCUCCUGUGGAAACACUGGGGAUAAAUUAUGUUGGUAUAGCUAUUAAUUCAGGAUAUUUAAAAAUGUUGAACAGAUCACAAGAAAUUAGGUGAACUUGGAUAUUUAAGAAUUAAAAUACUUUUUUUCCAUGUGACUGUUUUUGCAUUUUUUCCCCAUUGUCAUAACACUACAUUCCUUGUUUUUCUUAAUAAUUUGCAGGCUUUGAGUACUUAGCAGUGUUUUGUAAGGUGCCUGGGUUUUCCCAGGGAAAUGUUCUUUAGUAGGAAUGGUUAUAUAGUUUCUGAAGAGACUAUUAAGUGAAAUUCUAUCACCACCACCAGCAAACACUGAGGUGCUGCAUUAAGUGACAAUCAAAAUAGUAUUUAUAAAAAAAUUUAGAAAGUGGUUGAAAGAAGCACUUGCUUUGAAAGCAGUUCUCUGGUUUUCUUGAAUAAAAUGGCUAAAUGUACUUAUUUAUAUUUUUAAGUAUUUUUGCAUUCUUGUCUUGAUGAUUUUAGUGUUUUGUACUUUAUUUGUGGUUUUGUUUUGCAUCAUCUUGUAUUUGGAGAACUAACUCUGACUUGGGGCAGACUUGCCCAUUUGCUGACCCUGCAAGGACAGUCUGAAUCUGUCUCACAUCAGGUUGACAAUGGAGGACCCAAAUCCAGACGCCCCUGCACUUUUCUCCUGUUCUCAACUCACCUAAGAAAAAAAUUUUAAAAGGCAACUCCCUUUCAGCUCAGCUUCACAUAACUCCAACUUUUUUCUGUCUUCACUUGCUGCCUUCUCUGUUUUAUGGGCACUUUUUGUAUGCCUACUUCCCCAACACAGCCAAAGGCCAGUAUGACAGAACCAGUGUGGCACACGGCUGCCUCAAGUUUUGCCUAUUUUGGAAAACGUUAAUGAAACGGUCAGCAUCUUGUAAUGGCUGUCAUCAUGUCCACAUUAAAGUCCUCAUAAAUCGAAGACUUAUAAAAAGUUGGCUAUAUCUAUACAGCUACAGUGUUCUUUUAAAAAAACCAAACUAAACCUCCAUACAUAGGCUGUCAAUAAAGCAGUGCUUGAGCAUUGAAACCUAGACGUUUGAGGAUCCUUCAUGCUCAUACAGUAGAACAUAAUUCUCUUAUUUCAGAGCUCCCAGAGUAGCUCUGGUCCCACAGGCUAGGUGAAGCGUAUACACAAGGAUCCCUCAGAAAAUAAAACACAUCAACCCCAGGUUAAAUUUAAUGAUGUAAACAAUGUCUGACUCUGAGGUGUUAGUGGGAGAAAUGGUUUUCAGAUAUAUGCAUUUAAAUCUGAGGAAACAAACUGUGACAUCGUUUUAAGAAAUGUAUGUGUGUUCUAAGUUGGCCUGUACUGGUACGAGGUCACUGCUGGCAGUGGUUGUACCAGUAGUAAUAAGUUAAAAUGUAGGAAAAGCUGUUAAUCUUCAGAUAUGUCAUAACUAGACAAUCAUCUUCAAGCAAAAAAUAUAUAUACUGUCUAGGAAAUGUCCUUUUUUGAAAUGUCAGCCAGAACAGCUGUAAUUUAAACCAUUCUAGGACUAUGUUGAAAUCUGUUGUACUAUGGUUUAAGUUGGGGAAAGUCCUCAAUAUGGCACUUUCAUAUUCACUCUGUAAAAAUUGAAGCCCAAAGACAAGUUAAAUCAGUGCUGUAUUGAAGUUAGUGCAAAAUAAGGAAGUUUUAUCUUUAUAAAUUUUUAAUUGUUAACAUCAGUUGGUAGUUGUAAAAACAUGCACCAAAUUCUUUCUAAUGUUCUGUGUGGUUCUUAAUGUGCUGUUCGUCCUUACUGCUUGGUUCUUGGUUUUAAAUUAAAAUGUAGCUAUAGCCCAUCAUUCUUCCUUCCAGAGUGUGGAGCUGUAAGUGGCUACUGAUCUUGAGAUAAGAACACCGUUUUCUUUUUUUCCUAAAGCAAACAAUUGAAAUCUAAAUUAAUUUACAAAACUUAAGCACUGGCAUUUUUCAAGCAUUAUCUCCUGCCAAAAUCCUAAAUUGCAUAGAAGCAUGAGGGAUAACGAAUGGUUUUAACGGUGCUAUAUCUGGCUCUCCGAUUUUCAUGAGCUGCUUGGAAAUAGUAUAUACAAUAUAUGGAUCAUUUUAUUACCAAUUUAAUAUUGUCAUUUUCACCUGGUGUUACCAUUGAUUAUGCUUGUUUUUCAAAGCUAUCUUUUGAGAAGAAAGUCAAAAUGUGUUACUAGCCUACCUCCACUUGGGCCUCUUGCUGUAUGAUCUUUUCCAGGUUAUGAUGUGCAUAGCUUUUAAAAUACCUAUGUACUAUUACAAUUCUCUUUUCCCAUAGACUCUUGUAAUGUAUUCAGACCCUAAAAUUAUAGCAAAAGAGCCAAGCAGUAGUAUUGUGGGGGUUUUUGUAAAUGUAAAAUACUUAGGUUCAGACUUUGUUUCCUUCAAUUUUAAAAAUAAAAGAUACCUCAGUGCUAUAAUGUUUCUCAGUAUCACCUACAUUUCUCCAAAAGUAACACCUGCUUCAUGUGGCACAUAACUUGUAAGAAUCACAUUUUGGAUUUUAAAGACUAUUAAAUAUUUUAAAAUCACUAUCAAA